CACGUUUCUUGUCGUUCUGAUCUCCUUUGAAACACGCAUAGACCCACAAGCAUCUUUUAAUGUCUCUUGAAAUCCCACGGGCGCCAUCAUCUCUCCCUCUAUCCAUCCUUGACUCCAGAGCGAUGUCGUCAAGUCCAGCAACAAUGGCCGCCACCGUCGGUCUAAUGAGACCCCCCGCAACUUCCCCCAGCGGCUCUCAACUGAUUUCGACAAGCCACACGGCUCCGUCUUCGACGGUAGAUGAUCUACAGGCUUUUUCAACAGACCCUACAAGCAAUUUGGGCCUCGACACCGAGGACAUGCACAGAGAAACUGGUCUUGCGGAGGUCGACCGGGCAAUCAUCGAGGCGCUAAGGGGCAAGGAAAGAUUAUUUGUUCUUCGCGUCGGAGAACUGAUGGAGGGCCUCAUCAGUGAAAGAAAGCCACGCGUAGAGGUGUCUCCGUCGUCGACAUAUCAGCGUCUUCUGGUUCACCGAUGUACGGCUUACUACAAAGUCACACUUGAGCAAGACGGCAAGGCUUACUACCUCCACGCCGCCCCAGAGAGUAAAGUUCCCAUGCGACGAAUCUCUGACCUCGUUCCGGCGGAAUCGACUACGCAACCUGCUUUCCAAAUCAUGCGCCGCACUCCACAAGAGCGAAUGCGUAGUACGCCCCAGUCUCGGACAAGUUCUGUCACGGGGGAUGACCCGGACAUGUCUGAUAUUGAGCCCUCGGAGGCUAGUAGCCAGGGUGGGCGUAGUAAUGCGCCGGGCAGCGCGAAAAAGCACCUCACAUUGGAGCAGCGGGAGGCUUUGUAUAACGAAGCCCGGUCCCGGAUCUUCAUGGAAAAGGCUAAGGAAAAGGAAAAUGACAUGAGCGCGAGCUCAUCCACGUUCAGCGCUGUUUCGGGCUCAGCAUCAACGAGUGGAGGAGGGAGUAGCAGCGCUGGGGAUCUUGAUGACUCAGUUAGCAGCGCUGCAACGGAGAGCGAGUGGUCUGGUCCUGCUGGACGCGAGAAGAAGGACAUUCGGCGGGGAGGCUCCGGAGCAAACUCUGCUGGAUCGUCGUCCCGGUCCUUGCGCUCUUCCGCGCACCCUAACAGCUCUCGUAACUCUCGCGCUGCAUCCCCUACCAUCUCAUAUGCCUCCCUCUACAACGAACCGCCAGCACCACACGUACCUUACGAUACACCUCAAGCAUCUACCCAGGCUCCCCAGGGCUACAUGCCCCCUUACAUGUACUACCAGCCUCAUCCCAAUCAAGUCGCAGGCCAACCCUACUACGCACCAUAUUUCUUUCCUCCCUAUCCGUAUGCCCCUCCUCAGCAUCCAUUACCUAACUCCGAUCCUUCCAGUCCUGGAGAGGGUAUCUAUGUUCCAACUCAUCAACCUCCUCAGCCGGUUUCCUAUAUGGGCGCAUAUGGAUGGCAACCGGCGUCUGGUCCACAGGGAGCAGCUCAUUCGGCCGCACCAUCCCCGCCGCACGGUGUACCAUAUGGGUCGUAUGCACCUUCUCCUGCAUACCCGCCGUAUGCGAUGCCCUACUACCCGCCGCCUGCCCCUCAAGUCCAUGCUCCGCACAUCCAAUCACCAAUGCAAGCCCCUGGGCAGUCGAUGUACCCUCUAGAAGCGCCACAAAUGAAUGGCGGUGGGCUUCAAAACAACGGCAAUGGAUCUAGCGGGCCCUUCAGAGCGCCACCGCGUAAUGCAACAAGCGGCAAUGGGGGCCAAGGAGCCAACGGGCAAGGUAGGAGAGGGCCACAACCAAGGCCAAGGGGUGCUUGGAGUUACGGACCUGGAGUUGGUAACGGUGGGCACUCGUAUGGUACUGUAGGGAAUCUCGGUGGCCUUGGUUCGGGCCCUAGCAUAGGCCACAACGGAGGUAUGAGGGUGGGUCCUGGAGCAGGUUUCGGUGAGAACAACGUGCCUGUAGGUCCACGGUUGCACUCUGUGAGAAGGACAUCGGGAAAUUCGAGUGGAAGUGCGGGUCACAGGACGCCUGCAGGAACUGGUGACGAAGCGUCGUCGACGGCAUCAUCAACAUCUUCGUCAUCGCGGCGGACCUUCACAUCGACAACGUCCUCGCAGCACCCUCUCCCCGCCCGACCAGACUGGGCCGUUGGCCUCGUCGCUCAGCCUUCCCUUCGCCCACCAUACAAUCACGAUCACGGACAUGGCAACAAUUCUCACGCCCACAGCCAAGCCCACAAUAUGCCAUCACCUGCCCAACAGAACGAAUCGACACGGGCCCCACACCAUGGGGCUUCCGCUCCAGUUGCACUGCAACCAGCAGACUUCCCCCCAUUAGGUGGCGCGGGUGUGGCAGAGAAACGUACAGCAAUGACCGUGCCCUAUGGCGCGUGGAAUAAUGGGUCUUCAGCAAGGUCGAUAGUGCCCCCGAAUGGGCAGACAUCGUAUAGCAGUGCUCUCACCAGCUCUACCGGUGGCGCAACUAGUGGUACUACCGUCACCGCUGGAGGGGCGGCUGCGGCGCCGGUGGCGAGUGGUUUGCGCUUCGACGAGCCAGACAAGACUUAUGAGCGGCCGCCGCCAAAGAAUGUGGAGCUUUUCGACCCCAACGCAAGUUAUCAUUAA